AUGGGGCUUGAAAUUGAACCUGCUAAAGAUGAAGAUAAGCCUAAGUGGCUUAACAAAUGUGAUGAGGCAUAUGGAACAUUGUGUUUGUCUGUUUCUCCUGACUUGCUCUUUCAUAUUGAGUCUUUAAAUUUGCCAAAUGAAAUCUGGAAAAAGUUAGAAACAUUAUUUGGCACACAAGAUUCAAUGAGGGGUCAUAUGUUGGAAAAUGAACUAAUUAGUUUAAGUCCAGGGAGUUCUUCAUCCACUAUUGGGGCUGUCAAAACUGCCCUUCAUGACAGGUUUUUAAUGACUGACUUGGGCUUGUUGCAUUACUCUAACUCCAACCAGUCCAAGUAUGCUCUAGAUUUGCUCUUGAGGUUUCAUAUGGCUGAUUGCAUUGAGAUUGACUUGGUGGGCUACACAGAUUUAGAUUGGGCAGGCGAUUCUCAAGAUCACAAAUCUACUUUAGGUUACAGCUUCUCACUUGGUUCAGGUCUUGUUUGUUGGUUGAGCAAGAAGCAGUCUACAAUUGCUCUAUCUUCUACUGAGGCCUAG